UGCGACGGUCAGCUGAACGAGUUUUACUCUUCGAUCGCGCGGAAAUAUUUCCACCCCGGACUCCGAGUGCCAUAAAAAAAAAAAUCGAUUCUACCCGCGUUUGUUAAUUCAAACGUCGCAAAUUAUUCCGCUCUUCAUCUCCAAAUCGGAAUCAGAGCGCGAGAUUGUUGUCCUCGUUUGAAUAUUCCAAAUGCAGAAGACGUUAUGAAUAUACCGUAAUUCUCUUCUCGAGAGAAUAAAAAAAGAAGUGAUUCUGACUGAAGUGGCAAGAUCGAAGCACGAAGAAUAGAACUCAAAAGACAAUGGAUAAUCGCGGAAAACUAUUUCGCAAUCGGUGCGUGAUGCUGACAAUCGUCAUCCUGUAUGCGUUGGCUGUAUUUAUUAAGGCGGCCGAGAGCAGGCCUCACAUCAGGCACCACCGGGACGGCUCGCACUGCAGCAGAUGCGGUCCAGGCUGGGGCGCGAUUAGCCGUUGCGCUCGCGGCCGCGACACCGUGUGCGAGCGAUGCCCCGGCGGCACGUACAGCCCGCAUCACAGCACGCAGCCCUGCUGGAACUGCGCCAGAUGCGGCCCGGGCCUGUACGAGGCCCAUCCGUGCACGUUGCGCACCGACACCGUCUGCGACUCCUGUCACCGCGCCGCGCCGGACAAUCCGGACUACCGGCGCAAGUGCGAGGGCCGCGCGAGGUUCUUCCUCGCGCCGGAGGACGCGCAGAGCACCGCCGAGGAGAGCGUGCUGGUGAACGAGCCGGCUUACCGGUUCCAGCUGUACGACCGGGAGCGGGUACUCGAGAAGGACGUGGAGGCCGUCCUGAGGGACAAGGCGGCCGCCGGUUCGGAGGCCCUACAGAGGAUUCAACCACCGUCCGCCGGCGAGCAUUAA